CUCCUCGGCCGCGGGGCGGGCGGCCGCGGCGCCGGCAGUGGGCAGCCCAGGGCUGCGGGUGGCGGCGACGAGCGGGGUCCGCGGAAGGAAGCCGUUUGUGAUGGCGCCCGGCCGAUCUCAGAGGACGGCGAUGCUGCCGCCGCAGGGGUGCCAGGAGGGUCCUCCCCCGUCAACCAGAACAGGCGGAGGAGUGGUACGCUUGAUGACCUCGACCACAACCCAGAGGUGUGGGGCACGGAUGAGAACGUAAUGGACCACGUGGGCCGGUGGAGGCAUGACCAGCAGCAGGCGCACGAGUCGAAAGGCGCAAGCAUGGGCAUUUGGCAGGGUGUCAUAUUCCCAUGCAUGGCCAACAUCCUGGGCGUCAUACUCUUCCUGAGGCUACCGUGGAUCGUGGGGAAGGCUGGGGUCGUCAACGGCUUUUGCCUCGUCUUUGUGUGCUGCUGUUGCACGUUUAUCACGUCGCUGAGCCUGUCGGCAGUCGCCACCAACGGCAAGAUGAGGGGCGGUGGCUCCUACUACCUCAUCUCGCGGUCCCUUGGGGCCGCGCUGGGCGCGGGUGUCGGCCUGUGCUUUUAUAUGGCCAACUCGAUCGGCGCGGCCAUGUACUUCAUGGGCACGGUGGAGGCGUGGGAGGUGGCAGCGCCGAAUUUGCAGCUGCUGACCGCAGGCGAGCUGAACAAUGUCCGAGCCACUGGCUUCCUCAUACUUGCCGUGGCUCUUCUCGUCGUGGGUGGUGGCAUCAAAUACGUGGCGAGGGUUGGAACGGUGUUCCUCUUCAUUGUGCUCGUAGUCAUUUUUUUCAUGUACCUCGGGAUUUUCAUCGGACCGUCUGGAAAUGGGGAGUACGAGCUCGACAUUGUAGACGCAAAGAACGAGAUCCAUACUGAAACUCUCGCGUGGAAUUCCCCGUCGCGGCAGUACCUGACAGAAAACCUGUGGCCCGACUAUGAUGCGGAUCAAAAGGCUUUCCCUCUUGACACUGUCCAGUACAGCUUCAUCCCCCUAAUGUCGCUUUGGUUCCCUGCGUGCACAGGGAUUAUGGCUGGGAGCAACCGGUCCGCAGACCUCGAAGACCCCGCCUCGUACAUUCCAAAGGGCACCAUCUUCGCGCAGGUUGUCACCUCCCUGAUAUACCUUUCGUUCACGAUACUUUACGGCUGCGUGGCUCCCAGGCAGACCCUCCUCGAUGAUAAGUUCUUCGCUGCUUCCUCUGCGUGGCCGAUCAAGGAGGUCGUAGUCUACGGCGUCAUUGCCUCCACCAUCGGCGCUGGUCUGACGAGCCUCACGUCGGGGACCAGGCUUCUGAGUGCCAUUGCCAUGGACAAGACGUUGCCGGUGUUGGCAGUUUUCGCCGUGAAGCCAGGAGAGGAGCCGCGAUUGGCGCUCGUUGCAAGCGGUGCGCUCUGCGCUUGUGCCAUCGCCAUAGGGCAGCUGAAUGCCAUUGCGCCCGUGCUCACCAUGUUUUUCCUCAUCUGUUACACGUGCGUGAACAUGUCCUGCACCGUUCUUGAGCUUGUUGGCGACCCGAACUGGCGGCCCCGCUUCCCAUUUCACCACUGGUCUGUGUCUCUGAUUGGUACUGUCUUGUGCUUAUUCAUGAUGUUCGCCAUGGAUCCGUUGAUUGCUACAGUGGCUGUGUUUUUCUGUGCUAUCGUCUUUAGUUAUGCUUCCUUCAACUCGGCUGAGGCCAAGUGGGGCGACGGAUUCCAGGGCAUGAAGUUCCAGGUUGCCAAGAAAAUCCUGACCAAGAUGGACCUUCACGUGCAUGCUAAGAAUUGGCGCCCGCAGCUGCUGGUCAUCACCAAGGCCUCCAUCGUCGAGGACGCACAAACGAACAACGAGCUGGUGCAGGUCCACGAUCCACAGUUGCUAAAGUUUGUCUCGCAGCUCAAGGGCGGCCGCGGCUUCGUGAUCGUAGGCGGCAUUUGCUGUAACAGUGCGUUCGAGGACUUCGUCGAGGGUGCGAGCAUGUUCUCGGGCCUGGAGAAGUUCACGGUUUCCGACGGGCAGGUGGCCAUGCAGAAGCUCCUCAACGAGUAUGGCAUCUCGGGCUUCGGCAGGGUCAUCUACACUCACGAUUUCCAGAAGGGCGUCCUGGGCCUCGUGCAGAAUGCGGGCCUGGGGUCCUUCCAGCCGAACAGCAUAAUCGCCUCUUGGCCGCGCGAGUGGCGCAGUCUCAAGGAGGAAGGCGAGCUCGCUCGCACCCACCUGAUACGCCUGGUGCAGACCUCCUUCGCGCAUAACAAGGUGACGCUGGUUCUGAAAGGCCACAUGUGGCCCACCUCGCUGGUGCGACUCGGAGGCUACAUCGACAUCUGGUGGAUCGUCGGCAACGGCAGCAUCCUGCUGCUCCUGCCUCACCUCCUGAAGAAGCACAGGGUCUGGCGGGAGUGCCGCACAAGGCUUUGGGUGCUUGCCGAAAAGGAGGCUGACGAUCCGGAGAAACUCAAGAAGGAGUUGAAGCAAUAUGUCACCGAGUUUCGUCUCGACAUGGAAGUGCACGUGAAGAUCGUCGAUCCAGACACGCUGAACUUCGAGGGCGAGGCGACCCUGCCAGGUGGGGACAGUUUUGGGCUGACGAGGGAAAUCUCUGGGGCGUCGUCCGAGAGGGACAACUUCGAGCUGAAAAGGGAUUUCUCUGGAGGGUCGACCAUGUCUCGUGAAGCGGCGGACGGCAUCACCAGGUGGAUCUCGAAUCAGACAGCAGUUGGCGGUGUCUCUGCUAAGGUGCGGCCGACACGCGAGGGUUCGCAGGAGAGGGAGUUCGCUCUCAGACCACCAGGCUCUACUCGGGCCCACACUGGGGACGCGUCGACGCCAGCCUUCGCUGGGCAAGGCGCGACCACACGCUCAUCGUCAAAGGGCGCCUUCUUGCACAGUAAGGACCAGCUCGCCUCCACGAAGCCGCUGAGCGCCGCGGAGCUAUUGAUCCCUCGUGGCCUGAACCAGCUGAUCGUCUCGGCGUCGAGAGAAGCGGAGCUGGUCGUCACCAAUCUGCCCGAGAUGUCAAAAACGGAGAGCUCCUUGGGCUACUUCCAGUUCGUCGCGUCCAUGACGAAGGACCUGCCUCGAGUUGUCCUCGUGCGCGGAACGAACGCCGAGGUCAUUACCGCCUUCACUUGA